AUGACGAAUCCAAACAAGGACCCCUAUGUUUCUAAAGCGACAAAGAAAGCACUCAUGAUAAAAAUCUUUAGUUCAACACCAAAUGCUUGGUUUAUGGAUAUCUUGGAAAACAUUCCGAGGUAUAGAGAAGAUGGACCACCAUACUGGCUAAUAUUUGUCGGUCAAAACACAAGAUACUGUGAAGCCAUACCAUUACAGUCCAAAAAUAUUUUAGAUGUGAAAACUGCUUUGACAAUAUUCGUUGACAAAUACCAUCCAACAAAACUGACAUCUGACUGUGAAAGUUCUUUCAAAUCAGACGAUAUUAAAAACUAUCUGCGUUCAAAAAAUGUAAACCAAUAUUUCAUUGUCGACCAAAACCAUUCUGCUCUUGGUGUCAUUGACAGUUGUAUAAAAAUCUUAAGAGACUUAAACCAACCACAAGGUGGUGAGGUAGAUGAAAUGUCAUAUGACGACAAGUAUAGACACUUCUCCAUGGCAAAGAUGAGACAAGUUUUAAAUAUUUACAAUAACCGUAAACAAAAAGGUUUGGGAAACCACUCCCCCGAAGAAAUGAAAAACAACCCUGA